CUCUUCAGGGAUGGGGUUGGAGAUGGGUUUUAAAGAGGGUUUGUUGCCUUGGGGUGGUAGCAAUAGUGGGAUGUCCUCACGAGGACCUUCAUUCAUGUGUUGAAAUCAGUAUGGUGCCCACAGGCAUUGCCUGUCCUUCAGGACAGCAGGCAUAGGGCAGGGAGACAUGGCAGCACUGUGUUUGGGAUGGGCACGUAGGCACUUAAGAUCGGACCCAUCUCAUGGGGUGCUUGUCGGAGAAAGCAGGCAAUCUUUCGGUCUUGAGACAUCCUCAUGGCAGGGAUAGGAGAUGGAGUGAGGGGCCCCUCUGAGGAGAGAGAUAAGGAAAGGAAAUCUUUCUCCAGCCUUUCAGCUCGCAUCCCAUCCUGGCAGGAUGCUGGACCACGUGGAUGGGGUUUGUUCCUUGGCCUUCUUCCACCCCGCACAGCUGCAGGAAACCUGUCCACUGCCUGCUCCUCUCAGGGCUUGAAAGCUGCUGUGUUUGGAUGGGUUUUGGAUCUCCAAGAGUGAUCUCAGCAUGCACAUAACCCUGUGCACAAUGCCUGCAAUCCCCACUGGGGCAUGAUUUAGGUCUCUGCACCCAAUGUCUGCAGACCUGCCAGCCAUACCGGUGUCUGGGUCUCAUUUGGGGCUGCAAUGAACCCUCUGUGCCACUCACUCAAACUGCUGCUCAGGGGAUGUGUUGGAGUACAAUUGCUGGGAGGAAAUAAGCUUGUUUUCCCAAUGCAUAUGGAUAAUUUCAACCCCAUUUUCCACGCUGUGAGAGUUUUCACCACCAUCUUUUGCUUGUUCUGGGGUGAAAGGUCCUCCCUUAUUCCCACUGUGCAGAUUGGGGCCAUAGCAAAAAUCAUCCCAAGCUAACAUAAUUCCAAAGGGGAAAGUGAUCAGCAGACCCUGGGGGUGAAACAAGGGGCAGAGGUGAUGGGAUGCACGCCCUGUUUAUGGCUUUUUCUCCCUUCAGAGGUGUUUGGGAGGAGCUGUUUCCCCAGCUCUAAAUAGAGAUGUAGAAACUGAAAGUGCUGUAUAGAAGCUGAUUGCUGCUGAUAGUGCUUUUGGCAGCCCUCCCCAUCAGAACACCAAGCUGCUCCCACCAACAUUCAACUCAAUACCACCACAUUUGGGGCUCAUGGAGAGCUGAUGGUUGAGUCCUCAAUGCCCAUAGGAACCCAGCAGCUUUCAGAAAGCCUAAAAUUAGGGAGAAACAUUGCUAUUUCUGCCUCUGGAGGCUGCCAACGCUGACUCAUACACCCACACCAUCCCACGUGUCUUGUCUGCUCCCCACCCACCCCCUCCCACAGUGACCAUCCAUUUGUGAAAGGAAGACCCAAAGGAAACAGCGGUUUUCUGCUUUUCUUUUCUAUUCUCCCCCCUUUCUUUUGCUCAGUUUUCUUCUUUAUUCUCUCUGCUCCGCUACUGCAAACAUUUUCUGUUUUGUUUUUAAGUGGCAUUGUGUUAAAUGAAGAAAUUUCCUGUUCCAGUGCAGCAAAAAGAGGCUCUCUAUGCACUGUCACAUCCCUUCUCCUUUGCACUUUCUUUCCCUUCCCCCCAACAGGGGUUAAAAAGCACGAGAAAAGAGGAAAACAUGAGAAGGGAGGACAAAAGGAAAGAGGAAACUAAGCAGCGUUCUCAUUCUGAGAAUAUCUUCAUCAGAAAAACUGGCAUUUAAGAAGUGUUUCUUAUUGCUUGAAGUGAAUUUUAGGAGAUAUGCACAUGGCUGCCUGUCUCUCCAGGGAAGCACCAUUAAGGAGGUGGCUGGCAACCCAGAGGAAGGAGGAAAAUUUAUCUUUGAAAUUAUCCCAGGGGUCUCUGGAGACCAGAACCGAGCUGGGCAGGAUACCUGUGUGCUCAUGGCCAACUCCCAGUCCGAUAUGGAGGAAUGGGUUAAAUCCAUCCGACGGGUGCUGGGUUCAACCUCAGGAGCGGUGUUUGGCCAACGCUUGGCAGAGACCAUGGCUUACGAGCAGAAGUUUGGGCAGCACCAGGUGCCCAUCCUGGUGCAGAAAUGUGCUGAGUUCAUCAGGGAGCAUGGGGUUAAUGAGGAAGGAAUCUUCCGCCUUCCCGGCCAGGACAACCUUGUGAAGCAGCUCAGGGAUGCCUUUGAUGCUGGGGAAAGGCCAUCGUUUGACAGGGACACAGAUGUGCACACUGUGGCCUCCCUGCUCAAGCUGUACCUACGGGAGCUGCCUGAGCCAGUUGUGCCAUGGAUACAAUAUGAAGAUUUCCUUCUCUGUGGCCAAACUCUGGAUGUGGACCAGAAAAAGGGUCAUCAGGACCUUCUGAAGCAGCUGUCCCUUCUUCCCCGAGACAACUACAACCUCCUCAGCUACAUCUGCAGGUUUCUAUAUGAAGUACAGCUGAACUCUGGCGUCAACAAGAUGAGUGUGGAUAACCUGGCAACAGUGAUCGGAGUGAACCUCAUCAGACCCAAGAUAGAGGAUCCUGCGACUAUUAUGAGAGGCACGCUGCCAAUCCAGAAAGUGAUGACUGUGAUGAUCAGUGACCACGCAGACCUCUUUCCCCCAUCCAAGGAUGUGCUGCCCUCCCCAGUGACCCAACAGAAUGACAAGAAAACCCCCAUCCUGCGCAGCUCUGUGGGCUGGGACUCUGCAGAGGACAGGGCAGAGAGCUCAACCCAAAGGCAAAUGAAAGACAACCUGAGUGUCAGCCGUGCUCCUGGGCUGGCUGUGAGCUCACGUGCAUCCAGCGAAGAUACUGGCGUGCAGCCACCCAAAGAUACACUGGGAACGUGGAAAAUGCAAGCAAGGAAAAGGACUCAGACUUUACCUAACAGAAAAUCCUUCCUGACUGCUGCAUCACCAGGGGAGAAAGGCAGCAAUGACAGGAACGACUUAUUUAACAAUGACUUUUGGAAAGGCUCCACGCAGAGCAACCCACGUUCAGUGCUCACUGAAGGACAUAAGAGAACAUUAUCUCAUGAUCUAUUCAAGCUGCUCGACCUUCACCGGGCUUCAACUCAUGACAACCUGCCCACCUCCCAUGUGGAAAGCAGCAGCUCCAGCCCCAGUCCUGCCAGCAGCUGCUCUGAUAAGGAAUUCCAGCCCUGCCCCAGCCCCUGCCAUCAACCCCAGGAGCCAUUCAGCCCUGCCAGCAGCCCCUCCGAGGUGUUCCAGCCUGCUCCAGAGAGCAAAGAGUCCCUGCAAAGCAUGGUCCUGAAGCUGCAGAGAGAAAUGGAUGUGCAAAAAGAGACCUACGAGGAGCAAAUCAAAAGCCUUGAGAAGGAAAACUACGACGUUUGGGCCAAAGUGGUGAGGCUGAACCAGGACAUUGAGAGGGAGAAGAAGAAGUCUGAGGAGCUGGAGCUGAAGCUGAAGAACAUGGAGCUCUUGCAGGAAGACUUGGAGAAGAAAAACAAGAUGCUCGAGGAGGAGAUAAAAACCAUUGCUAAAUCCAGGAGCAAAAGCAAUGCCAAAACCAACUAGGAGAAGACAUCCAGCUGUGCACAAACAUAAAAUGCAGCUGCACAAAUCCAAAGGAAUUGCCAAGCAGGACCAGAGUCUGGGACUUGUGUUGUCCAAUGCCCUGCGACCGGCUGUGGGCUUGUGUGGAGGAAGGAGCCUGGAAUUUAGAGGCUGGUUGAUGCUCUGAAACAGGAAGUUUCCAAUAUACUGUUUAGCUUUUUCUUGUGUGUUCUUUCAAGUCCUCUUGUAGCUGCUCAAGUUACCUGUAGAACAGGCCAAUACCUCUUGCUGCUCAAUCAGAAUAUCUUGCACAAAACCCUGAAGCAACAAGAGUCCUUCCUGCCAGCCAGCUGGCUCUGUAUUGGAGACACCAGCAGUGCUUCUGAGUGGAACAGAGCAUCCCUGAAUCCUGGAGCUGGGGAGACAGAAAACCUCCAGGGUGUUGGAUGGCACAGCCCGUCUCACAGCAUGCCUGGAUGCCGGGAUGGAAAUGAUGUCAGCAACACAACCAAGACAUUUGCAUCAACACAUGCACUUGGUUAUUGCUCUUAUAGAGCAAGAGAAGCCCAGACAGUAUGUUGGGUCCAUCAAGAAACCUCGUGCCCCAUCCCUUGUUGUGCUGUGCAAGGCUCAUUGACAUCGAGGCUCCAGCUGUGAAAUCACAACAACUUCUCCAGUUAAAUUGCACUUCAGUUAUUUUAACUCACUGAUCCUUACAGCCACGUGUAUAUAAACCCAGCAUGGUUACUGUUGAGGCUUUGGAGCUUCACUCACCCAUACAUGGAGCUUUCUAUCUUUCAUUAUUUCAUCAGGAUUCUCUUGGUGGAAACCUGGGUUUGCAACCCAAUGAUGAUGCUGGGUCUCUGCCCAUCACUUGCUGCCAUUGGCACAAGGACUAAUCAACAUGGCUAAUUGUAAACAUGUUGCUUUGGCCGCUUGCUUUUUUUUUUGGCCAGUGAGUCACCAAGAUGCUGCUGAAGCUUUUGGUGUAGGAAAAAUAGAACAAGACCCUGAAACCUUUCACUCAUUGAAGUUCAGAAGGGUGACGCACAACACACAGCUGCAGCCCAGACUCUGUGGGUACAGAAAGGGGGUCAGCAGGAGUUUUCAACAAAGACCUGUAGGGCUAAAUGCACUCUUCUGUGCCAAGCAUGAUGGAAUUAAAGCAAAUGGAUUGCUGUUACUGAGGACUUGAAGUGAAAGUUCAGCUCCAGACAGGAGAUGUUUCUCCAUAAGGUCCAGGAGAGACACUGUGAGCAUCUGGGCUGGAAAUGCCACACGCUCUUUUCCGUGCAGAUCAAAAGUGUGAAGAGGCAAAUAAUUCCUCCAUGGCCCACAGCAGAGUGUGAUGACGUGGGAAGGCUUGGCUGCAGCUCAGAAGGCUGCGAUUAGGACAAGUGCACUUUAAUUUAGUAUAAACUGCGCAUUCCUCCAUUUCCGCUGCAGAUAGGCAAAAUAACCUCUAUCAAACCACAGCUGUUUCUGAGGAGCAGAGUAACCUCUUUGAAGAUAUUCUGCCCAUUAAAAUGCGGAGUGUUUAUAGUGGUCAUAUUUAAAAGAUAGACUUUCCAAUGGAGGUCAGGUGGUCUGGAAAUUCCCAAGUGUGUGGGGGGAACAAGCAGCUUCUGGGAGCAGAAUGGGCAUCAUGUGAGCUGAUGGUGCUCCUGGGUUCUGUGGGAUAAAGAGGGUUUUCCUUUUUAAGAAAAAAGAAGUAUUUUGGCUUGUUGGUGGGUUUUUAUUAGUGAGAAAGAUAGCAGUGGGUUUAGAGAAGGUUUGAUCUGCCCAUGACUGACAUAUAGAAGCUAUGCAGCCCUGUGGGUACAUUCCUCCACUCAAAGCCUGAACGUUGGCCAUGCCCAAGUCCUGCUCUGGAUGUAAUGCACUUCCAGAUCUUCUCCUGUAGACACCAGGACAUGAAGGUCUCCAAAAACUGACUGAUGCAUGAUAAUUCAGAGCUGCUACUGUCACAUCAAAAUACAUUAUUGACAGGAGAAUAAAUAAUAAUCCCUGCACACAGAUCAAUCUUGUCUUGGGCAUCAUAGAGUUAGAAAGAUGCAUCACCAAAAGGUUGUUUCACCCCUUUAAGUCAUCACAUUGCACAGCCACAGGGUGUAAGAGCAUCCCCUACAAAGUGAUGGGAGAGCUUGUAAGAUAACCUACAAAACAGCCGUGGGAUUUUUCUUUCUUUAGCUUUUUUUAGCAUGAUAGUAACUUUCCUUUUUUAGCCUGGCUACUGCAGAAAAUAGCAAGUUGCAGUGGGAGGGAAAUGUGUCCCCCCAUUCUUUAGGAUGGCUUGUGCAAAGGGAAGGAAAGCAGAGAGAACAUGUUGUUCUCCCCAGGAAUGAGAAAGCAAUGUGCAUCCUUCCUGCACGUACAAGAUACCCCCAAAGCAAGCUGAUUUUGAGAAGCCAUCUCUUAAUAUCAGCCAAAUACACAGCUUGAGUGACCUGAAUUUGGUGCAGUUUUCCUAAGUGCUAGGUUCAGCCUUCAGCACAGUGCAAACCCCAAUGAAAACCCCAAUAUGCAGCGGGCUCAGUAAAGGAGGCAGCUUAUUUACCCUUAAGCCCACUGUGUGAGGAGGCUUCCAAAAAAGCCAUUUUUCAUGCAUAGCCCUGCCCAAAAGGGUGCCUAGGUGCCAUCAACACCUUCUGAAAAUCUGUUUUAUCGCAUGUAAAAACACAAUGUGAGAUUUCAGACCUCUUCACACCACGCACUGAUAACAGGAACUGGGAACAGAGGGACGUUCCUUUAACGUCGUCAGCUGUCCGUGAUGCUGUUUGCCACGUCCAGGGAGAUAUUUCCAAAUGAGAGCAUUUUGGAAGCAGCCAGAGAGGUGGGGACGGGCUUUGACCUCGUGUUAAAGAAGCAGCGAUUGGUUUGGCAUCUGCUUCCAAAGCAUGUGAGAGGUCACAUUUUUUUGCUUUCCACAGUACUGUUGCCUUGUUUCCUUCCUCAGCUCCGUGACAAGGACCAAGCACCCCAAGGACAGUUAGAAUCACAGGAAAAACAGAAUCACAGAAUGACUUGGUUUGGAAGGGACCCCAAAGAUCCUCCAGUUCCAACCCCACUGCCAUGGGCUGGGUUGCCAACCACUGAAUCUGGCACCUAAUUAGGUUGCCCCAAUCAGCCCAGCCUUGAGCACCUCCAAGGAUGGGUAUCCACAUCCCUAGAGCUGUUCCCAACACAACAGUUUCAAGCAAUACCUGUGAGCAAAAGUCAAUUGUCCAUGGAAACUGUGGUGCUUCCACACACAGAGGUGGAGUGGGAGAAUCCAUACCUAUCACUGCCUUGUUCCUAUCCAGCAUGAACAAGUCUGAAAUGUUCAGUCUGCUCAGCUUACAGCUCAGAUGGGUUACAGUUCAGGCCAUAGGGCACUAUGCAUCCAAAGCCAAACAUCUAAAUUCUGGCAAUAGCAAAAGCGUAUCCAGUAUUGCACGACAAUUAGUUUUGUUUUCCCACCUUUGCAUUUCAACUCUGCCUGAUUAACCCAGUGGUGACAGCUCAGGAAAUGGAUUCCACCAAAUCUCACAGCAACUGAUCUGAAAUGCUCUAAUCUCUGGGGUGAUAAGGAGUUGCUAUAGCAAAGCCAACAUAAACCUGUGUGCGAUGGAAGGUUGGGUUAUUGUUUAGCCUCUGUUGCUAGUUAGCAAGCCGUGCUUGAUUCCAGGGACCACCCUGUGUUUAAACCUUCUCACUUCACACGUAUCUUUUCAGCACCAUCCUGGACAGCAUCAGCCACACGGAGCUGAAGGACGUUGGGGAGCUCCGCAUUGCGUUGAGCAUCCCUUGGCCCAAACUCAUUGCAAGCAGCAGCUCCUGCAAAAUGUGGUUGUGCUGCUGUUGGAUUCAUGGUAUUCAUCUGCUCCUUUAAAAUAAAACACUGCAUAUUGUUUUCAUUGAAAA